GCAGUCGAUCCUCCGAAGCGAACAGAUACGCGUGUUCGUGUCAUAGCUUUAUUUUAUUUAAAUCAACAAUUACAUAAAUCGAACUUAGCAACAGUCGCAUAGCGUCGUAGUGAAAUAAUUGUGUUAAAUGAGAACUGUUUAACGCUUCAGACAUUGGAGGUAUUAAAACUUGGAAUCGUGCAUUGACACCUAUCAAAAUCCAGAACUCGUCGCCGCCGAACUAAGUUUCGGCAUGAAUUCGUGUACCUGUUGUGAUGCGAAUUAAUUCCAGAUUUUCACUUACAGCGGAAACAGCUUACGUAGACGAGUAGCGGUAAAACGCCGUCCGCGCCGCACGCGAGUUCUUGUAUUGCGUUGGUUAACCGUCGGGUUUCUAAAGUGCUUUUAACGCGUUUUUAAAACAGCAAACACCGAAACCUUACGUGGUUUCGGACCUCGCGGUCGGUGUCGUUGGUCCAGCGCGCCUGUAACAUUUUGACACUCGCAUGUGCCGUUAGAAAGCGUCUAACGAAUCUCAUCUAAUUAGUAUGCGUUUGUGAAGUCAUCUCGGCGACUCAAUCACGGUUAGAGAUCUGGAUGGACUUGUGGUGAGACGACACGUCGUAUUGCCAGCGGCUGUGGGUUGUGUUUCUGUGAGGUAGCGCGGUGUAUGGCGCGAUGAUCAGCGGCGGCUUGGUGUGCGCACUGCACGUGCGUACCGCGGGUCUUGGUGGUGCUGCUCUAGGCUCCGACGAGGAGGAGAUUGUAUAUCUCGCUUAUGUUGUCAUAGAUGUCCUCACCAAUCAGGUGAUAGGACAACGAGAAUAUGCAGUCAGGCCAACAAGACGGCCGUCCGAAGAGUUACAGACUGGACAGCCUUUAGAUAUAGUUAUACAACAGUUCGACGAAUUCGUCAGGUCACUCCAAGUUGACCCCUACUCACCUCUCUUCAGGCUCGUGACGGAUGGACAGCCGCCCUUAAGACAAUGCCUCCACCCAGAAGCGUGCAGCAAGGAUAUCAACCUGCCAACGUACUAUUCCCGCUUCCACGACCUACGAAAAGAGUAUGUGAGGGCAUACACGCUGAGGGCGGUUGCGUCUCCCCGAGCGCAGGCACCUCCGCCUCCGCCACCAGAUCACCCCACCUCUCUACUUGAUAUGCUCAACUAUUUAGGUAUAGCCCCGUACAGCGGAGAAAAUUUUUACGCUGCCGAAGUCCAAGACAUGGCCAGCAUUAUACAGAGGAUAAUCUCGGACGGUUUCCGGUUGGAAUUGCCCGAAACUAUCGACCUAGUUUUAGAGACUGGAAUUUGCUCAAAAGACGAUGAGAUAGACGGCAACUGCAUUGUCAGAGCCCGUGGAUUACCUUGGCAGUCGUCGGACCAGGAUAUCGCCAAGUUCUUUAGAGGCCUAAAUGUCGCCAAAGGCGGCGUAGCGCUGUGCCUGUCGCCGCAGGGGAGACGCAACGGUGAAGCGCUGGUGCGUUUCGUGUCGCAGGAACACAGGGACAUGGCGCUCAAACGUCACAAGCACCACAUCGGUCCGCGGUACAUUGAGGUAUACCGGGCGAGUGGUGAAGAUUUUCUGUCGGUUGCGGGAGGGGCGACCUGCGAAGCGGCCGCAUUCCUGUCGCGAGGCGCGCAUGUGAUAGUGCGUAUGCGGGGACUGCCGUACGAUGCAACCCCACAGCAAGUUCUGGACUUCUUCUCGACCGGUGACGAUCCCGUACAAGUGUUGGAUGGAUUAGAAGGAGUUCUAUUUGUACGGAGGGCCGACGGCAGAGCUACAGGUGACGCGUUUGUCCUCUUCUCAAAAGAGGAGGACGCCCCAAAGGCCCUCUCAAGACAUCGCAAGCUGAUCGGCGCGAGAUACAUCGAGCUGUUCAGGUCGACCACUGCUGAAGUACAACAGGUUUUGAACCGGUCUCUAGAGACGCGCACCAGCACGGCCAGUACGCCGUCAGCGGCGCCCGCGCCCGCCGAGGGAAUACUUCCGGUGGCGCUGGUGCCGCAACACGUCAUCACUUCCGGCACGGCUAAAGACUGUGUCAGACUGCGCGGAUUGCCUUAUGAAGCCCAGGUGGAGCACAUUUUGACAUUCUUGGACGAGUUCGCAAAGAACAUUGUUGUACAAGGCGUCCACAUGGUAUACAAUGCUCAGGGCCACCCUAGCGGUGAAGCGUUCAUCCAAAUGGACAGUGAGACCAGCGCUUACCUCUGUGCGCAACAGAAGCAUCACCGCUACAUGACCUUCGGCAAGAAGCAGCGGUAUAUUGAGGUGUUCCAGUGCUCGGGCGACGACAUGAACCUGGUGCUGACGGGCGGAGUGACGGGCGCCACGUCGCCGAAGGUGGUGUCCCCGGGUCCACUGACAUACUACUACCCAGCAAUGGGACCAACGCUGCCGCCUCUGGUCUACUGGGGAUAUCCAACUCCACCUGUCUCACCAGCACAUUAUUACCACCCACCUCAUCAUCCUCAAACUAUGAUACCAGAGGUGGUGUCAGUGGGAGGAGGUUCUCCUAUACCUAUACCGCCGCCCGCUGCUUGCCAUGAGUGGCCAAUUUACAUGGUGAAUUGAAAGGCCGCGUCCUUUCGUAACAUUACUUUGGAGGAGCAAGUGGCAACUACAUAAUAAUAUGCAAAAUUUGAUUGCGAUAUUUUACUAGUAUAGUUUUUAUCCCGCGCUCGCAAAAUUUUAUAUUUCCUUGCAUUAACUUUAUUUUCUAAGUAAUGCCGUACCUUUUAUGAAAUAUAAUUAAAAAUAUGUUAGGGAUCUUUUAUAUAUUACGCCUUUCAGGUCUUAUUAAAAUUCUUAUUUUUAAUUUGAUAUUUAUACUAAAAAUACUUAUUUUUGUAAUUCCUCUCGUUUUAUCGCAUUAUUUAAUUUCAUUUGACGGCAUUGCUUGAUAAUUUCGCCAUAAUUUCAAAUUAUUAUUUAUCAAAUAUCACUUUAUAUAAAAAAAAUGAUUAGGUAUAUAAGUUAAGACGCCAUUUCGCCCUCCACAAUGAAACUAGCGCAAUGAAAUAAUGGCUCAAACAAUAAAUUAGUGAUAUUAUAAAUUUAUAUUAAAUUUUAUUAUUUAAUACAAAUCAUUUAUCGUUUAUAUUUUAUACUGAAAUUGCCAGAUAUUCUUAUUUUGUUUCUUCAAAAUUUAAGAUUGUAUCUUAUAUUCUAGAGUUUUUGUUGUAUAUUUUAUAUUUUCUACUUUGUUGAUAUUUCAGAUAUUAAUUUAAUAUGGAUCUAAUUAAGUAUAUAUAUCUUUAUAAGUAUGAAAAUUAGUUAUUUAAAAUCUGACGGGGUCCAAAGAGGUAAAAGUUUUCGUUAGGCGAAAUGUUAUUUUUGUAUAUUUGUUACUUAUUUCUUGAUUCUAAUAUCUAAAAAUAUGUACUUGAUAGAAAUUCUUAAUAUUUUCAUCAUGAUAUGUAUAGGUUAUAAUUUUAUUAAAACAAGGCAAGGUACGUGUUAGAGUAAGCCACACGAUGCGAUGGUUCAAUUUCUUUGCAUUAGCUAUAUUAGAUUUAGCGCAGGACACUAGCUAAAGCGUGUUGAAAAAAGAAAAUCUUAGACCUGGGACUAGAAGUAUUAAGUGCAAUGCAACCAGAACUCUGGUGCCGAAACGCGUCAACUACCGGUGAAUCGACCUAUGUCAUGAUAAGGGACCGUUCAAGUAUUACGUAACGCAAUUUUUGAAGAUUUUUGACCCUCCCACCCCCCUAUGUAACGCGCCGUAACGUUACCUAGACCCCCCCCCCUCCCCCUCUAAACGUUACGUAACACCCAAGUGACCAUUUUUACCUAAAAGUCACAAUUACUUUGCGCAAAUUACCGGAACUAAAAUAACUUUGUUAUUGUUUUAAUCGCGUUUGCGGUAAUCUAUAAUUCUAUAAUAUAAAAAUUAUCGCUAUUUUUCGUCGUCGUUCGUCGCAGCAACACAUAAUCGCUGAAUGUGUUGCUAAGCGCAAAUCUCGAGAGCAGCUGAACCGAUUUCGCUAAUUCUUUUUUUAUAAUAUUCCCUGAAGUACUAAUAUGGUUCUUACGGAGAGAAAAGUUUAAUAAUUGCCUGAAAAAGUAUAAAAACAACACUUUUCUAUAUUCCCAAACAAAAGAUUCGUAACAAGACUUAAAGGCAAUUUGAACUUUAAUACCAUACCAAUAAAGUUUAAGUGUUAGUGGAGGGGUUCCGGGAAGGCAAAACAAUUGAGUGACGUUAUUAUCGUAUAAUCCAACGCUGUUUCUUCUGCAUAUCAAUGAUAUGUUGCUAACUGGUAACAUUCAUUGCUAUGCUGAUGACAGCACUGGUGAUGCUCCUAUACAACGGCCGUGCCAAUAUUUCUCGGGAAAACGUCGCCGAGUACCGGAACAAACUUGUGUCUGAAGUCGAGUCUUUGCUGAACAAAGUCUCGGAUUGGGGCCGACUAAAUCUAGUCCUGUUCAAUCCCCAGAAGACACAAGUUUGCGCGUUUACCGCUAAAAGAACCCCUUUGUCGUAUCUCCUCAGUUUCAAGGUACUCCCCUUCUUGCCUCAGCCAGUAUCGGUAUCCUCGGAGUCGACAUAUCGAGUGACGUGCAGUUUCGUGGUCACUUGGAAGACAAGGCCAAAUUGGCCUCUAAAAAGCUUGGCGUGCUCAGCAGAGUGGGACAGUAUUUCAUGCCGGCACACCGCCUGCAACUUUACAAGGCGCAGGUUCGGCCUCACAUGGAAUACUGUUCCCAUCUCUGGGUAGGGGCUCGACAGUCCCAGCUCCCUCCACUUGAUCGCAUCCAGCGCAGAGCGGCUCGAAUCGUCGACGAUCGAGCCCUUUCCGAUCGGCUCGAUUCAUUGGCACUGCGAAGAGAUGUUGCAUCCCUUUGCAUUUUCUUUCGCAUCUACCAUGGGGAGUGCUCUGAGGAAUUGUUCGGAUUAAUCCCAGCCACCAAAUUUCACGAACGCACAUCGCGGCAGAACUCCCGAUACCAUCCACACCAUCUGGAUGAUUGGCGGUCCACCACUGUGCGAUUUAGAAGAUGUUUUCUUCCUCGCACGACUUCCUUGUAGAAUCGAUUACCAUCAGCGAUUUUUCCGGACCGAUACGACUUAGGGACCAUCAAGAAAAGAGCGUACUCCUUUUUAAAAGGCCGGCAACGCAUCUGCAAUUCCCUCCCUGGUGUUGCAGUUGUUCAUGGGCGGCGGUAGUCACUUACCAUCAGGUGAGCCGCAUGCUCGUUUGCCCCCUCUCCUAU